CCAAGUCUCAGCUCGCGUUUGAGAGCGGGCUACUACCGCUCGUUUUUUGCUUCCUGCUAUCGGACAUGAUACCUCGGUGCGAAGCUCAGCAGUCGCAGACUCAGCAGGUCACCACGAACUUUGGCGUCGUCACUGGAAGCCUGAUGCAGGCUCCCGCGCCGGGCUUGGUUACUCAAGUGCCGGUGUACGCUUUUCAGGGGAUACGCUACGCAAAGCCGCCCGUUGGCUGGAGGAGGUUUGAGCGCCCCGAGCCAUUGGACCAGCGCUCCUCAUUCAGUGACAAUCUACGAGUGAGCCCGCGUUGUCUUCAAUGGACGACAUUCCCGUCAGAGCGUAUCGUCGGAGAAGAGGACUGCCUCUUCCUGGACAUCUACGUCCCCGCCACGUAUUUCGCCACACCUGCCACAAAGCUCCCGGUUGUGGUUUUCCUUCCGGGGCCCGACUUCAAAAGCGGGGGCAAAGAUGAAAUAAGACCAGGAUACGACUUUGGAUCGAGAAAUAUCUUCGUAGUUGUAAACUACAGACUCGGUGUCUUCGGUUUUCUGAGCACAGAAGACGAGAGUGGCAAGGGAAACAUGGGACUCUGGGAUCAGCAAAUGGCUCUGCGUUUCGUCAAGUCAAACAUCGCUGCCUUCGGAGGGAUCCCGGAAAAGAUCACACUCAUGGGCUUCGGCGCCGGAGCGAUGUCCGUGUCGUUUCACAUACUCAAUGCUGCGUCGUCGGCUCUGUUUUCUCGCGCCAUAAUGUCGGGGGGCUCUGCCACCAGUCCCGACGCCACGAUCACCAACGCCUGGCGGAACGCUCGCCAACUGGGACGCGCCGUCGGCUGCGGCCAGGAAGACGGGGCGUCGCUCAUUGCCUGCCUCCGGACCAUCGACAGUGUGAAACUCAUUGAGAAGGCGCAUUACGAUAAGAUAAGAUUCUUGCCUAUUGUGGACGCUAACGUGACUGCGAAUGCGUUUCUGACAAACUACCCGAGGCUGAUGUUCUGCCAAGGCCGAUUCUCACCGAAGCCGACGAUAUACGGAUACACCAAGAACGCCGGGUCGCUACGUUACUUUGAGAGGAUAAACCAAUUGGAGAACCCAAAAAGCGUCGACAGCAUUGUUCAGACUUAUCUGAACGAGUUUUUUGAGGACGAAGACUCGCGCGUUGGCGUCACGGCUGCCGUAAGAUUCCAGUAUUACAGGCCACGCAGCAGUCUUUCGAACGCCACAAGGAAUGCAGUCAACACUAUAAACAUGCUGACGGACUUUCUUGUGGGCGCUCCCGUUGAAAUGGCUCUGUCUGGCCACCUGCGGCUUCUACAAAGUACCUCGUAUACGACUCCGAACCCGGCUUUCUUGUACAUAUUUGGAAUACCUAAUGCUCCAAGGACUUUCGCAAACCUCCAGAAGGGCUCCAGGGAGCUUUACGGGGCUACGUACAUGGACGACAUGCUCUACUCAGUCAACACUGAAGGUCUGGUGCAGACGACUGACCCAGUUCGGGACCCGCUCAUAGUUGGCUACAUGACAACUUUCUUCACGGCCUUCAUCAACGGACUAAAUCCCGGCGGAAUUCUGCAGCCCAUCAACCCCGCGCAGCGGCAGUACACCAACAUGUCGCUGGCGUACCCGGCCGGCCUGUCCGACAGCGUGCCGUACCGUCCUCAGGAGAUGGACUUCUGGAACUACUUCGUGCCCGACCUGCACCUGGAGCUGAACCGCACCAGUUGGGCGUCGUACCACAACGCGCGGGAGGCCACCCACUUCAAGGCGGCCACCUGGGGAACCACGACGCUCGUCGUCUUGCUCGUACUCAUCAUCGUGGGGCUGCUGGCAGCCUUCUUCGUCUACCGGAGACAGAAGCAACGGUCGCGAAAGCUCAGCUCUCGAGAAGGCGUCGAGUUCCGGCCCGUCAACCAGGACGUCAAGUUGUAGGGCUGCAGUUACCAUUGUAUCUCCGGACGGGGCAUAUUCAAAGGGCCCCUAAACCACUCCGAGUUUGAAGACGAGAGACUGGUUUCUCUCUCCACUUCACUACCCUUCCUACAGGCGUUGUAUCCUCCUCGCCACUUAGUUAUUCAUAAAACACGUGGCCAAUGUCAGCACUAAGUCCGAAGUGAAGAUGGGGUGGUAUUCUAACUUAAAUGUCCUAUGUGCCUUGACCAAAACGAAGCGUCGACACCGGACUACAAUCCGCUCUCACGGUUACACUAAUCCCUUCCCACCCUGCGCCCACUUAGAUAUUUCAGUGCUCCUUACGGGAAAAGUUUUUUUUUUAUUUCAAGAUCGUUGCCUUGGCUAAUUCGUGGGCGACGUAUUUGGCGAAUUACGCUGUUUUCAUCGUUGUGCAGGGCGCACUCGCCAGCCAUUCAGAUAAAGUAAUCAAGCACCACAUAUGUAAUGCCCGUCGCGCGUCGAUUCCAAAUCGUUUACUGCUUACAGUCUUCUCCUAGUAUUUGUCUUGUACACCAAUUCCGCCUGUAGUAUUACAGUAAGUAAUUGGCUUAGCUGAGAUCGGUAAACUAUCGGAGAGUUUAGCUGGUUAAUAUACCUCCGUGCCUGCAUAAUACUGACGCCAGGAGAACGAAGGGCUAUCUUAGCACAAGCAUACCGUAACUGGUUGUCUGUACAUGGCGCAGUCUCUGAUGUUGAUGAUGUCGGACAAUCCACGUCUGCGAAUUGUCUUUUCCCAAAUUACAGUGCGUCCGCACAGCGGAAUGCGCCGCAGAUGGAGACGCUAGUUUCCUAAUCUGUGCAGCUGCGAAGGUCAUUCCCACGACGAACGAAAUCGAAAAAACGAUAUAAAAAGAAAAAGAAAACUAUAUUUAAACUCUCGGCUAUCUCCAGUCCCUAUCUCCACUAUCCUCAUUCUUCCUGAGCGCUAUAGGUUCGGGCUCGUUUAAGAGCACAGCGUCAAGAUGGAGGUCGCAAAGAAGAACGAUUGAGCCCGUUGUUUAGUCUUGACUGUAUGGCGACGAGAUCUGUUUUUCUCAAAGAUUGUCUCGUCGGCAAAUCGACAGUGUUUUGUUGCCAAGCUCGAAAAUUAUGCUAGGCUAAAUCCACGGAGUUCAACCACCAGAAUCUAGAUGCGCCAGGUUACUAAGCAUUUUCCGUUCCUGGAUGUCACGGACGAGGGGAUGUCGCUAGCGAUUCGUGGCACGUCACUACGUCACAGAUUGAUCGCAAUAUAUAUGAAAUCAAGAUAUACAUGUUCCGUCAUGUAGAUGCGUUACCGUUACCAGCGAAACUUUCAAUUUUGCGAAAAAAGCUAGCGAACGCCAUCUUCCUGACUGUAUUUUUUUUGUCGUGUUUUCGUGCUUUGAAUGAUCACCGAAUCGAAGAGACCAAUAUCUAGUCAUACGCGAGGUCGUCAUUUGUCGGUAGGUUGUGUUGAUGUUUGUGUGACGAACUAUGCAAUUUUUGCCUCAUCAUAAUUGUGUCGAAUGAGACUUCUCUGUAGAGGUGAUGUUAGAGGCUAUCGCUGUCUUUCUUUCUUUUUUUGUUGCAAACGUCGCGGUGUACUGACGAGGCUCAAGCUUCAACUUUUUGAAUGAGGCUGCAUCACUGCUUCUCGUAGUCAGUGACCAGGAUUUUGCAUACAAUCUUGAAUUCAGCUGUGUGCCAGCGCAAGUAUCAAUCUAUAAUUUUAGCCGAAUCAUUACAGCGUUGUUGAAACUGAGCUAUCGCGAUUUUUUUGUUAAGUCCAUGAUGUGGGUUUUCUUUCGAAAAUUACGUUUCUUUUUUUUUUUGCCAUCAAGAAUGAAAGUUUUGUUUAAGUGUUAUAAAUGUGCUUAUUAAUGGUGACAAAUAUGCUGUCGUUCUCACAUUCAAAGUUUUAUUGAACCUAGUAUUUAUGUAUUAUAACCUGUAUAUGACAUGCAGCAGCGAUGCUUGUAACACCAACAACGAUACUACGAUGGAAGUUACAUUUGCCUUUAAAACAACUUGCAACUCGAAACAUCCUUUGUGUAAAAGUGGAAAUAAAGGAAUCAUUUCACACAUUUAAUGCUUCCUGGACGACGCUUUACAACUUUUAGUGUAGGAGUAAAUGCCUUCGGUGUAGAACUUUUUUAAGAGAACUUGUUAUGUCUUAAUAAUAUAGCUCAUUGUCAUAGAGGGACCCAGAAUACCUAUUGUGAUUAGUUUGCCUGAAAUAUCCAACACUUAUUGUGUGCUUUCGGCCAGUUCCAGGUUCGUGUAUCUUAAUAUUAACAUAACUAUUAUCAUUGUUUUGCGUGUGCUGGUGUGCGUGAUCAUAAACAGUUGUUUCAGACCAUCGCAAAUGUUUUGUCACCUUCUAUAUAUGUUUCUGUUUUGGGGAUGGUCACCUACGUGUCCAUGCUUACCGCCUUUGCUCCAUUAUGGCGUGCCUGCUUAUUUUCACCGUUGAAAGGGGAAAGGACAAAGGCGGCUGGACCGCCCACACUGUCUUUUAAAUCACGUGUACUUCUUUCGCAAGACGUCUUUUUCUUGUUUUUCUGCAGUGAAGAAUAAAGCGGUGUCAUGAAUGUCUAAUAAGGUCUGCAAAGUUUCUUAAUUGCACUGCUCUUACGGACUCACUAUCUAACACGCGUCCGCCCUCACGAACACCCUUCGAGUGUGACACUAUAGCAGGGGUCGGCAACCUCUUGAGGCAAAGGGCCGAGUUGCGUGAAGCCGACACGGCGGGGGCCGCACGG